AUAGCAAAAGAAUGUCUCGAGGAAGGUAACAAGAAAUACAAACAAGGAGAAACUAAGGAGGCGAUAAACUUCUACACGGAAGGACUUCAAGUGAACUGCGAUGAUAUACGGCUGAACGCCAAGCUUUACAGCAACAGGGCAGCAGCUUAUUUCCAUUUGGGUAAGAAUUGUUUUUGAAACUUCUAAAAUCUUUACGUAGCUGAAAUAACGAAAUACAUAAUCUGUAUCCAUUUCAAACAGGAUUUUAUCCACUCCUGUUGUCUUUCCUGCGCUUUGUGCAUCUUUCCUCACCUCAUUACCCAAAUGAAAUCGACAAAAUGAACAUUUCAUGUAUAACAAACACGCAGAAAUGCUCCCUAAAAGAAACAAUUCUUAAGUAAUCUUUCAGCGCAUUUUUGGGAAGUUCUUAUCGUAUUUUUUAAUAAUCCAAGAUUGUAGCCCUCUUCCACGGCAUUACGUCCAACCUCGCCAAUCGAGUGAAUCACAUUUGUGCAAAUUGCUUGUGACCUGUUGAGGUUUUCUCAUGGAUAUUUAAUAUCGCUCACGUGUGGUUUCGAGUCCAGAGGAGACAUUUUCAUUGAGAGUGAGGUUGGAAUCAUUAGCACGUGUGACAUUAAUAAUGAUAUCGGAGAUUUGAAUGGUAAAAGUUCGGCAUAAGGCGUGGGCCAAAAGGGAGAUCUCAUUGUCAAAUGCUACAUAGCAGAAUUAGUCAAAAUUUUCGAGUUUAGAACUCGCUCUAAAUAACAGCAUUCUGAGAAUCGUAGGAUUUUGUUAGCUAUACAACAGAGAUAAUGGCUCGGAGUUUUCCUCAGUUACGAACUGAAAAUUUUUCAAAUUGCAGACGUUGAUUUUGAAGCUUCAAGGGGAUCGACGCAUUAAAGGGUCUUACAAGUUAAGAUAAACAGAAGCUAUAAAAAACGGAAUUUCCAAAUCCAAAUCAUCUGUUCAUCUUUAUUUAGAUGUUCAAGGUUGCAUGGAACACCACGAAAUUUUUUUGUUCUUAUUACUAAGCAUAUCGUUUCCUAACGAAAAUUUUUAGUUGAAAGUUUGGAAUAUCGUAGUCAGAGAAUGUGGAUAUAAGUCGGCUUUCUCAGCCUGAGAAGCCAAGUGCUGCUUUCUUUGAUAUUUAUACCUUAAACGAAAUCUUUGAUGUGCGUAGAAUUACCCAACAUGAACUCUCAGUAUAAGUUGCCCGUGACUCAUGCAGUUUCCAAUUUUAAAAUAUCCAUGGCCAACGGGCAAGUGGCAAAAACCGGAUGUGGUGCUGGCUAAUUAAGUAUUAUCAACUAAGUACAUGACGUAAAUUGGUGGGAAUAGUCUCGUGACCAUAUUCCCACCAAUAGCGUAGCUCUAUUUUAUGCAUAUAACGACACACACAACCCACAAUUCCUCCAAUCGCUCUGACGAAGGGCUAACGCUCGAAACGUAAGCUUUUAAACUCUUUACGGUGGUCAGUUUACGUUAUCAACUCAGUGAAUUAUACUAAAUCACCCUGUUAUAUUCUCCGACCCACGCAGCACCACAGUUUCUUUAGAAGCUUGCCCCCUUUAAAAAUCGUUCACGCAGUUUCCAUGGAAUAGUCUCUAUUUGUCUAGGAAAUCACAUGAUUUCGAGUGCUAUUUGAGACAAAUUAACGCAAGUAAAUUUUUCAAAGGCUGGCCAAAUUGCACGAGCACGUAGGGCGAGUGCAAUUUGUUGUCGUUAAAAUUUACGAGUGCUAAUUUGUUCUAAACUGCACGCAAAAAAAUCAUGUGAUUACUAGUUAAAAUAUACGAGCAAAAAUAUGACUCUGUUUUCCUUUUUAGCUAUCUUUAGUUCGUGUCAUGGCUCGCCAAUUGUUGCCAAAGUGGUUGGGCUUUUUCCUCAAUAAUUUUCUUCAAACUUUUUAAACCUCUAUAGAGAAUAAUUGAGUGUUUGUACCAUCACACGAAAGUUAUCACUCUCGUAAUCUCCCCCGUCUUUCGUGCAAAAUGUUGCGUAAAACUCAUCGAUAAUUUUAACAAGGGCCUCCGGUUUAUACUUUCAUAUCCGUUCUUGGAAGCCAGACUGGUAGCCAGUUGUUGUUCCUUUGUUGUGCGUUUUUAGUUUUAGCAUUCUCCCUCAAACUUUGAGUUAAAACGUAGCUACUUUCUUCAUUAUGUUUUGUUUUGCUUUCGCGGCUUACCGGUCAAUUAAUUUAACUUAAACUUUCUGUACUCAAUUUCAACUUUCUACUCUGUUUGGGAUUAAUUGACGUGCUCUCAGCCAAUAAGCAUGCUGAAAUUUUUGCAUGUGUAUCACUAACACGUGCGACGACGACUUACAAGAAAUUAUUGAAUUCCACAGAAAACUACGAAGAAUGUCUUGAUGACGCAACAGUUGCUGUUUAAUUGGAACCCACUUUGAUCAAAGCGAUAAAGAAAGGUGCGUAUUUCAGCUAUGAGUCAUCUAAUCUCUUUUCUGAGAUUUCCUCCGAGGGAACUGUAUAGAUUAAGGCAGUUGAUUGUACCUCGGGCGUCAAUGAUAUCUGACGGAUCAAUAUCUGCCACGUAAUUAAAAAGUGCAAAAUGGCCAGUAAGCUUUAACUCUUUAACUUCCAAGAUCUGAGUGUUAAUUCUCCCCUCUGCUACUACAUUUAUCCUUGUAAAUUAGAUAUGAGAAUUUCGUGUAAGAUCAAGAUAACAACCUCUACCUGAUAUGUUUGAAUAUUCUCAUAUCCCUGUUUGCUGGAUAAUGUAAGAAUGUUAUAGGGAGAAAUUUCAUGUUGAUCACUUCCGGGAGUUGAAGAGUCAAACAACCUAUAUUGGUAGCCACUUUGCUCUAGCUCCAGUAUUUAAAAUUUCCUUUAUUAUCACAAUUAUUUUCCAAACCAAGUCAAAACCUAUCGCCAAAUUCACAACAAAGCUUAAACAUGAUUUAAAGCUGUUUUCUUUAACACGGUUUGAUUUUUGUUCUUCAUAGAAGCUCCAAGAACCAAUGUUUAUCGACUUAAAAUGUAACACAUUUAAAAUACAAGUUAGCGAUUACUUAAAUCCUAUGGAAAAUUCAGCUUUUCAGUUCUCUGUUUCUGAUUUUCACUCAGAAAACCCUGUUUUACUAAACAUGUUUUGUUAGUGUGAAUGGGGUAUAAGUCGAUUUUCUGGAGACAUUUAGAUGUGGAAUUGGUAGUGAAUUAAUUACCUUGUGACGCUUAUUAUUACCCUCUCAGGAGCCAGUGCUUGUGUCGAGCUAUCCUUGUUUGAGGAGACAAGGAGCUGGUUGCGUAUGGGAUUGGCCGUAUCCUUUGACGAGUCUUUCAAACCUAAAUACGUGAGGCAAUGCAAGCAGUGCUCACUAACACCUAUUAGAAACUACAAUAUUUUCAAAGAUCAUUUCGAUUAUUCCACAAAACUUUACUGAACAGAAGGGACCAUAAUAUUGAAAUCGCAGAGAUUAAACUGAAUGCUCCUCAUCCGUGUCACUCCAAGAAAUUAGUAGGACGCCCGAAAUUAAACACAUAAUUGCGCUUAGAAAGCUUGUCAAUACUCACUCCAACAAGAGCAUUGUUAAGAUAGCAAAUCAUCCAAAUAAAUCCACGUUAGACAUGUACGUCCAAUUCCGAGGUUUUUAAUAGGGACCGCGAGAGAUUUUUCUAAAUUAAAUGAUCUUCCAGGGAUGUUGCCAAUACCCGCAAACUGUGUGACUCAUUGAGAGAAAUUCUCCUUCUUUCUCAGUAAAUAAUCUCUUCAGAUUCGUAUCAAAUUUCUUGACCUCGUGGCUCAAAAUAUUCGGACUGAAUCCUUUCGCUUCAGCCCACUUUUUUCAGACUGUAGGCCACAUCGUGCCUUUCUUGAUGUUUUAUUUGCUGCGUUUUCUUUACUCUCCUGCAGUUCUUUCGCCUCACAAUUGGAAAUUAUUUCAGCCAUUGUUUCAAAAUUAAAAACAAAAUAAUUUUAUCUACCAUUGAAAAUGCUACUUUUACAUAUAAGUGUUUGAAAUUUUACUGAAAUACUACUGCUCCUAGCCAGUCACAUACAAAAAAUUUCCCAACCGGUUGUAUGAUAUUCUCGUUAUUAUUAUUGAAACUUUCUCACGUCCAAUCAUCAGCCAUUUAUUCUUAACCCGUUUCAAGACUGACAAGAAAAAAAAACUUCUGUUUCAAGUAGAGAGAGGAAAAGCCAAAGAGGGAAUCCGUUGUAUCCAUCUUGGAAUAGCUUAUUAUGAUAUAGAACAGUUCAAGACGGCAAUCGAGUACUGUCAACGUGGUCUAGAAAUUGCUAAAGAAGUGGGAGACAAGGUCAGAGAGGGACCGAGUUAUGGCAUUCUCGGCUGCGCUUAUAAUGGUCUAGGACAGUUCAAAACAGCAAUCGAGUACCAUCAACGUGGUCUAGAAAUUGCUAAAGAAGUGGGAGACAAGUUCGGAGAGGGAACAAGUUAUCGCAAUCUCGGCCUCUCUUAUAAUACUCUAGGAAAGUUCUAAACAGCAAUCGAGUUCCAUCAACGUGGUCUAGAAAUUGCUAAAGAAGUGGGAGACAAGGCCGGAGAGGGAAGAAGCUAUGGCAAUCUCGGCUGCUAUUAUCAUAGACUAGGACAGUUCGAAACAGCAAUCGAGUACCAUCAACGUAGUCUAGAAAUUGCUAAAGAAGUGGGAGACAAGGUCGGAGAGGGACCGAGUUAUGGCAAUCUCGGCUGCGCUUAUUGUAGUCUAGGACAGUUCAAAACAGCAAUCGAGUACCAUCAACGUGGUCUAGAAAUUGCUAAAGAAGUAGGAGACAAGGCCGGAGAGGGAAAAAGUUAUGGCAAUCUCGGCUGCGUUUAUUAUAGUCUAGGACAGUUCAAAACAGCAAUCGAGUACCAUCAACGUGGUCUAGAAAUUGCCAAAGAAGUGGGAGACAAGGCCGGAGAGGGAACAAGGUAUGGCAAUCUCGGCUGCGCUUAUUGUAGUCUAAGACAGUUCAAAACAGCAAUCGAGUUCCAUCAACGUGGUCUAGAAAUUGCUAAAGAAGUGGGAGACAAGGCCGGAGAGGGAACAAGGUAUGGCAAUCUUGGCGGCACUUAUGAUAGUCUAAAACAGUUCAAAACAGCAAUCGAGUACCAUCAACGUGGUCUAGAAAUUGCUAAAGAAGUGGGAAACAAGGCCGAAGAGGGAAGAAGUUAUGGCAAUCUCGGCUGCGCUUAUUAUAAUCUAGGACAGUUCCAAACAGCAAUCGAGUACCAUCAACGUGAUCUAGAAAUUGCUAAAGAAGUGGGAGACAAGAACAGAGAGGCAUUAUCACUCUCUUUUCUUGGAAAAAGUUUUGAGUGUCAAGGUAAACUAAGGAGGGCUUUUGACUUCUUUCACUCAAGUGUAGAGGUGUUCGAUAGUAUCAGUGCGAGUCUGCAUUUCAACGAUCAGUGGAAGAUUACUUAUCGUGAUCAGCAUAAGAGUGCAUACGUAGGCUUUUGGCAUAUAAAUCUAAUCCAAGGUGAAGUUGUUAAGGCUCUUCUUGCCGCAGAGAAAGGACGUGCUCAAGCUCUGAGAGAUCUCCUAACCUCAACAUAUCAACCCGAAGAUUUUUCAAGGAAAAGCGCUUCGUUCGUUUUCCUUAGUUUUGUUCCAUCAAGUACAAUUUUUAUAGCUAUCAAUGGACCUUAUGUUCACUUCUGGGUUUUCCUUGGCGACGAUAAUAUCCAGUCGAGAAAGGUACAUGUGAACAAUUAUAAGUAUGAAGAGGAAUUGGAAUUUUUCAUCGAGCAACUGAACAAAACUGCCUUGAAAGAGAUCGGUGCAAGAGAUGCUGUUACAUGCGAAAAUCCUCCUCAUUACUCGCCGAAACCGGAGGAAGUGUCGCACGAUAUGGUUCAAGUUGAUGUAAGGUUCUCACAAUCAAGUGCUCUACAGAAGCUUUAUGACAUCAUCUUUACUCCUAUUGCUGAUCUGAUCAAAGGCAACGAGCUUACAGUUGUUCCUGAGGGUCCAUUUUGUCUUGUGCCUUACGCGGCAUUGGAGGACUCGAAUUCAACUUAUCUCAGUGAUUCAUUCAGAAUUCGUGUGCUUCCUUCUCUGACGACCUUACAACUAAUUAAUGAUUCCCCAGCUGAGUUCCACAUGAAGAGUGGUGCAUUGCUUGUUGGCGACCCAUGUUUCAAAGAGAUCAUUUAUCAAGGAAGACGUUUGGUACAACUUUCGGGAGCAAGGAAAGAAGCGGAGAUGAUUGGACGAAUUCUCAGUAUUUCCCCCCUCACUGGAGAGAUGGCAACAAAAGGAGAAGUGUUAAAACGACUGUCAUCAGUGGCUUUGGUACAUAUUGCAGCGCAUGGUAAAAUGGAAACUGGGGAAGUUAUCUUGGCACCAAACACUACGAGAGAAACCACUCAGCCUGAAGAAAAGGACUAUCUACUGACGAGGAAAGAUGUCCUGGAAGCUGGUCUGCGAGCACAACUGGUUGUUCUAAGCUGUUGUCACAGUGCUCGUGGGGAAGUCAUGGCCGAGGGUGUGGUCGGCAUCGCCCGAGCAUUCCUGGGUGCGGGAGCUAGAUCUGUUGUGGUAGCCUUGUGGGCGUUAGAUGACGAAGGAACCCUGGAGUUCAUGAGUUUCUUUUACGAUGCACUUGCUGAAGGCAAGAAGUCAAGUGAAGCUCUAAAUCAGGCCAUGAGAUGUAUGAGGGAGUCUGGAACGUUCAAGGAGGUGAAGUACUGGGCACCAUUUGUACUCAUUGGUGAUGACGUCAAACUUGAUAUCAAGGAAAUUUAG